AUGAUCAGCACUCUAGGGGUGAUCAUUAUUGCAGUCGGGGUAUCAGUUUGCGUCUUCGUUGGCGGUGCUGUGUCGAUCAUCUUAAUCCUGCGCGCAAACGACAGACGACGUCGAAGCAAGGAAGAGGUUGCGCGACAGUUCAGUGCUGGUCAAAGAGGUCGACUUAGCGUUGGUAGCACCAAUUACUCGCAUGUGACGGAGCCCAGAACGAAUCUAAGGAGAAGUACGCAUCUCCCAUAUGGCGUUGUGUCAGAGGGCUGGGCUGCAAUUCCCUCCCAGGAGAGUAUCCCCCAAUAUCAGAAGAACAGGACCAAUCACCAAGCAGAAGGAGAAGGAGAGGCAUCAUCCCAACAGAAGCGUCGACGCAGCUUGCGCGCUUCCUUUUCAGCGCGCUCUUUUUCCAUACCUAAGACGAGGAGGCAAAAGAAAAUUCAGAGCGCAGUCCCACUUCGUGCAAUCCCACGUUCACCCCUGUCCGCAAUCACUGAACGGUCUGGUACCAACACGACUGAGGCUUCACCAUCAGGUGAGAUUGCAGAGCUCCCUAGCGAAGUUACGCCCAAGACUACGCCGGAGAAGGAUGAAAAUUCUUUGCCGACUGGAAGGCCAGUCUCACUGCAAUGGCCCCUGAUUACUACCAAUAGAGGUUCCCACACUGGAAUAACCACAGUCAUUGCAGUACCAACCAGUCGGAAAAGCAGUCUUGUAAGAAUGAACAGCACGAAUCACAGCGUCUCGCCCAUCCGACCCUCUCUCGGUGAGCGUUCAGUCAGCAUGGCUAGCACUUUGUCAAUAGCACCUGAGGGUCCACUUCCUCCCUUACCGUCGAUCGCACCAAAUCAGUGGCCUGCCGGACGCAGGUCACGGCUCAGAUUUUCAGCAGCCAGUGUCGACACAAUUGGAAGCUCUGUACUUGGAGGGUGGACGUCACCAUCUCAAACAGACACCGAUCUGACGUCCACGGGACUUGCGACACCUAUCGAUCUCAAUCCUACAAGACAUCAGGCGGUUGAACGAGAAGGCCCUGGUUGUGAACCUGCUACAGUCAUCACCACAGGAUCACCCAGAGCAAGGCAUGCGACGAAGUAUGGCAACGGCAGGGCUGGACAUGGCUCUUUCCAAGCCAACAGGGGUCAGCAUGCAAGCUCACAUAUUACAAUGGACGAGCUAGCAGCAGAAUUAGGCGAUCGGGACAGUUCCAUUCCACCUGCUACCGGGCCCAGCCUUAGCACCAAAUAUGCCAGAAAUUGGGAAUCCUAUUUGCUGUCUCGUGCCAGUUCAGUACGGUCACAUGCCAGCCCAUCUCUUCCGGUACCCAUUGCUCGUACAGGAUCAGGCUACAGGAAGGGGACGGUGGCCGCAAGGCAUUCCAUGUACGAACAGGAUACUGGUGACAGGAGUUUGACUAUAGACCCUGCUGUCCUUCGUGACACAUCAGGUAACCCGGCCAGUCCAAUCCGGCGCCUAAUCACCUCGAGGCCUGCCUCCAUCGCUAGCGAGAAUCCAUUUCAUUGGGACCGAAAUAGUCUUCAGAUUGGCCCAUCGUCUUCUCUUAGAAGCUCACCCGGAUCUCAAUCCAAGGGUCAUAAACGGCAAAACUGUAUACGUAUAUCAAAUAUCUCUGCAGGAGACACGUCUUGUAGAGCAAGCAAGCUGCCACAAAUGAAAGAGGAGAGCGAAGACUUGUCGGGCAUUCAAGCAAGCAAGAAGAUGAUGAUACCCGGUUUGAGUCUGCUUGAACAAGGGAAGUUCAAUGACGACGCAGAUUCUGGACAAGGACAUGUCGACCAUUCCGCUUUUCUUAACGGACCGAGAUUGGAAAAGAACUCGAAAAUGCGUCCGAAUUAUUCUCGAGCUCAGACUAGUGAGUCCAUGAUAUCCUGCAAGCUGGAUUCCGAUGUCUUCAGCAAUUCUCGCUACGAUCCAAACGCGCCAAAUAUGUUCAGUACGAACUCAACAUCGCAGAAACAAUGGCCUUUGACCCCAACAGCACCGCGUAACUCCAGACCACAAGCGACGCCGCCUUCUCUAAAGGCUAUUCAAGAGCCGUAUGACCCAGACUCGCCAACCUUACCAAUACCGACCAUUUCAUCGGCGACGCUAUUUGCGCGUGCUCUACCACUAGGCACGCGUGUAUCCGGCGUACAAGGGCCUCGAAACAUACCUACACCUGGUCGGUCGUCUCGGGCCCAUUCUCCAACUCCCACGACGGCCCGUUCUACGGUUAAGCUAGAAGAUCUCAGACGCUCAGUCGCGACGUUGAGAAGAAUGAAUGCUGAUGUUCCGGACAAAAGGCGAACAUCGCAGAUGUAUCGAGAUAAUGGUUUGGAAAGCACAAACAGCCUGCCGAACGUAAACAAUCAUGCCAGACAGGGCCUUACCGCUGAGUUAGGUGUGAGUAUCGUGGAUAUCAGCACGACGAGUCCAAUUUCAGCUGCCCCGAGCACGAUUUUGCGGAAAGCCAGCCCGAGCCACCCGCAAGCAACCCUAUCCCCUUCAUCCAAAAAUUCCCUUACGACCACCAACAUCCGUCUUGCCAACAAAUCCCGCUCCAACAUAAUCGUCCCCUCCCCUUCAACCCUCUCUGCAGGCACAACCUCAAUCUGGGAAGACGCAAGCGUGCACUGUGACUCGCCGGAGCCCGACCUACCCACCUCACUAUCCUCGUCCAAAGUCUCUUCUCCUCGAGUCCCACAGCAGCAGCAGCAGCAACAGAAGAAUGUGGAUAUGGAGGCAUACGAGAAUUUCAUCGGACAACAGAAAGACCUAGAUUGUGGAAAGCCAGGCAGUCGGAGGGAUAGAGAUAAAGAGCGGGAGAGUAGAUUGACGAGUCCGCAGGGAAAGGGGCUGGGGUUGAUGGGUGUGAAGGUUCAGGCGCAGGAUCGGGAUCGGGAUGUGGAUCAGGGCCUGGGGCAGGGUCAGAGGAAGGUUUGGGGCACUCCGGGCAGUUUGUACGAUGGGGAGGGCUUCUUGAAGGAUUAG